AUGGGUAACGUUGAUAACGCAUUGACAGCAACGUCAUCUUUUUCAGUACUUCCAUGCCAUAUAGAUUUCACCAAGUUGGUCCUUUGCCUCCUUAGAGCUGCCCCGGAAGCCGAGAGCUCGUACAACCUGCCAGCAGUUGCCAAACUCAUCGUGGCAGAAUUUCCACUUGCAACUAUAUCAGAAAUAUUUCGCGCGCGAUCAGAUUACAUUUACGUUCUACACGAUCAAAUUACAUUGCAUUCUACAACGAUGCUGGCACCAACCCGUAGAAUCACCACACAAAAAGAUUUGGAAAUUUGGAAACAAUCUCAAACGUUUACUGAGCUAUUAACCUUUAUAAAAGUGCUUCAAGAGCUGGUUUAUGGCUUGACAAAUGAUGCGGAAGUUAAGGAAAGCUCCAUUGUAACGAAGCUCCAAAAGUUGGUUGAUCAUAUAGAGAGCAUUGCGAACAGGAAUCCAGUUCAGCAAGACAAGAACUCGUCAAGGUUUGGAAAAGUUGAGUUUCGAGACUUUUACGAUGAUGUCAAGGACCAUUCAGCUGAAAUAAUCACCGAGUUGUCAUCUACAAUUGAACCCCAGAAUUUGAUUGAACUACAAACAUACUUAACAGAGUCUUUUGGAAACAGAACGCGAAUAGACUAUGGAUCUGGUCACGAGUUGAACUUCAUUUGCUUUCUUUUCUGUCUUGAUAAGCUAGGAAUACUUCAAGAAGCAGACUAUUCAGCAUUGAUAUUAAAAGUGUUCACUCGCUACAUUGCAGUGAUGAGACAUCUUCAGAAAGAGUACUGGCUAGAGCCCGCUGGAUCUCAUGGAAAAUGGGGUCUCGAUGACUAUCACUUUCUUCCAUUUUUGUUCGGUGCUUCUCAGCUUGCACCACACCCAUAUAUGAAGCCAAAGCUGAUUCAUAACGAAGAACUCGUGGAGGAACUAUACACCAAGUAUAUGUAUCUUGAAUGCGUUCAGUUCGUCAAUGUUAUCAAAUCCAAUCCUAUGAAUGGGGGCCAGAAAUUGUCUCUCAGAAUGCACUCACCAAUGCUUGACGAUAUACUGGCUGCGAAAUCGUGGAAAAAGAUAAAAGAAGGCAUGGUGAAACUGUACGAAGCCGAUGUGUUGGGGAAACUCCCCAUUAUGCAACAUCUUAUGUUUGGGGAGCUCAUCAAAUGCCCUGAUGGAAUUGAAACCAGUGAGGUUGCGGAAGACGAACACGGCCAUGUUCACACCUACGACGCUGCGAAUACUUGGGGAGAUUGCUGUGGCAUAAGACUUCCCAGCGCAUAUGCUGCUGCUGAGUCGAAUAAGCCCAGACCCGUACCAUUUGACUAA